AGAUCAUAUGGCCAAUUCUAGGUUUACCGAUCCCGAUUCGGGCUGAUUCUCAGUCGAUAUGAAACGGAAUCGGCAGAGACCGAUUCGAUCACCGAUUCCUUUUAUGCAAAACCCUGGGUUUGGAAGGCCCAACUUCAACUCUCAAGUAUCUGUGCGAAGGAAUGAACAGAGGAGACGAUGUCUCGGUUUCUGCAAAGACGUUUACUCUGCAGCAGAAGCAGUAGCAACAGCAACAAGAGCUCAAAUCAGCAGCAAUGGAAGGUAAAGCAGGUGACGAGGUCCAACUUCUCAGAGGCUCUGGAGGGGAUCAAGAGGCAUAUCCAAGAUUCAGAUUUCAUUGCUGUUUCGUCGCAGAAGAGCGGGGCCUUCUCCGCUCCUUGGCGUCGAGUGUUGUCAUUCGACACCCCUGAGACUGCCUACUGUAAAGCCAAAGAUGCUGCUGAGAAAUUUCAGCUCUUUCAGUUUGCCGUUUGCCCUUUUACUAUAAAAAAUUCCAAGGUCAUCGCCUUCCCAUACAACUUUCAUUUGUUUCCAAGGGAUGAGUUGAAUAUAGGCAUGCCAUCUUACAGUUUUUCAUGUCAAACAUCAUAUUUGACGUCUAUGGCUCGGGAAGGUUUUGAUUUUAAUGUCUGCAUAUAUGAUGGUAUAUCAUACUUAUCCAGAGUACAAGAAUCCAGUGCGAAAGAGAGAAUUGGGAGUCCUAUUUCUAGGAUCCAUCCGGUGAAAUCUUCUUUGACCCCAUCUGUUGCUGAUUCAGUGUUCUUGGAAAGGACUAGAUCACGAGUUAGGCAUUGGAUGAAUGCAUGUAAAGAUCCAAUUCCAAUGAAGGGAACUGAUGAUGCUCUUGUCAAAUCACUGAGGAAGCUUAUCUUAGGUGAAAUGUAUGGGUCAAGACCAUGCAUGAGUAUAGAUGUUUGCAGUGAACGUCAAGUGGAGCUGGUGCUGGAGAUGUUGAUUGAGUUCUCUGAUCUUAUACCUCUAAUUAUCCCAGACAAAAGUGGGGGACCCGGGGCAGUACGAGUAGUACUGACAAGUUCUGAAGAGGACAAGAAACUUCUUGAGGUUCGGGAGCUUGAAAAUCUUGAAGAGGAGGAAAACAAGCGAGUUCGUGGCUUUCGAGAGGUGAUCGAUGCAAUAUCAGUGUCCCAGAAACCUAUUGUUGCCUACAACUGUCUUACUGAAUUUACAUUCAUUCAUUCAAAAUUCCUUGCUUCUCUGCCUCAGAGCAUGAGUGAGUUCAUGUGCUCCUUGCGCUUUGCUUUUCCAUGCAUCCUUGAUGUCAACUAUUUGUUGAAGGAAAUUGGUCCUCUGAAAAAGGCAAAAAACUUGCCAGCUGCGAUGUCCUACUUGAAGAGACAAUUCUUUAUGCCCCUUGACAUGGAACUUCCACACCAAGGUUUCUCAGAGCAGGAACAUGAAAGGAUGAACCAUGGGCAUAAUGUUCUAAGAAUAACACAGUCGUUUGCCAAAUUCUGCUUGAUACUGAAAGUAACUCCUGGUACUAACCAAACAGUGAAUGAUGAUCUGGAUAAUUCCUUGGAAAGCUAUUCAAAUAAUUUCAAUCCCUUCUGUACCAGUCUCCAAGAAUCAAUUGAUGCAGAAGGUAUUGUGUGGAUGGAUAAUACGAGAAAAGUGAGCACUGAAGACCUAGCUUUCUUGUGGGGAUUCAGAAGUGGGAUGUCUGCUGCAGUAUUGAAAAGCAUAUUCCGUGGAUCCCAUGAUGUGUUCUCUGAAGAUUUUGAGGUUCGGUUAGUGGACAAAAGUUGUGCUAUUGUAGUUUUCUGGACACCUGGUUCAGUUGAGGUCUUACUUAAUGUGCUGGGUUCUGGGGCGGUUGGUUCUGGUGGUCUGAAGGAAAUGAUUUCAGAAGGUCUUAGAGGAGCUGGCUAUGAGUUAUAUAAGAGAAUCUGCAGAUUAGGUUUAUGGGAAUCAAAUUUAGCUGAAUCAUUGGACAGAGCCUUGGAAGAGCCUAUCCCUGAUGUACUGGGAGCCAAUUCCACAAAAGAUUUGUCAGAGAUAUACUGGAGCAAUGAUUCUGUGAUUAACCUUGAAGAUCUUUGAUAUAAAAUUUUUCUCUCUUAUGAAAGGCAUAAAAGGGUUAUGAUGCUGAUUGCAGAGUUCAUGAACUGAUAAGGCAGAGGAUUUCAUAUAUCAUUAAAUCAGAUCCUGGGAGAUUUAGUGGAUAAACAAAUCUACUCAGAUGUGAACGAAAAAUAAUUCUUUUUUUAAUUUAUUUUUUGUAAAAUUUGAAACACAUUGAAAAGCAGGUUAACAAGGAAAUGCUGUUACGAGAAGGUCGUUAGAUACCUUAGAAAA